AUGGCAGUCGCGCAUCCUGAGAUGCAGGAGGGCCACGUCGUGAUCGACAUGUCGACGAAAGGGUCCAAGACCGGCGCAGAUGCCCCGAAACCCGAGUCAUCCCUCCGCGACUCCGCAGCCUGGGACGGCCGCCCUUCUCGCGUCACGAAGGUCUCGGAGGAGGAGGAGGAUCCGAACAUCAUGCAGGAGACGAAAGCGGAACAGAAGCGCCGCGCGUUUCGAACCCUGCUGAAGCAGGCGCGGCUGGCGAUGACCGUGCUCUCCAUCGGGCUCUUCGGGACAGGCAUCUACCUGGGCGUCGAGCGCCCGGACUUCCGCGUGCUGGGGCUCACGGGCUGGCGGUGGGCGGUGUUCCUGGGGUGCUUGUUCCCGGCGCGGACCUUCUUCCGGCUCGGCGUGCGCGGGGUGCUCUACGCGCUCCGUACGAACGUCUUCGCGUCGAUCCACGAGCGCAUCGCGUACUUCGUCGACCCGGCCGCCCCGCGGCUCGUUCUACUUUUGCAGUUCGUGUUCUACGUGCUGAUGUGGCGCUACUUCAUGCUCGACAACGAAGGGCGGCUCGGCGGCGCGUACACGCCCGUGUUCCGGAUCCUCGCGAGCAUCCUCGUGUACUGCGCAGGCCGCUGCAUCUCGCUGCUCCUCACGAAGUGGUUUUCGUCGCAUUUCAAUCGAAAGACGUUCUUCCUGCGGCUGAAGCAGUCCCUGCGCAACGAACUCGUCCUGAGCCACCUCGCGACGCCGCGCAAGCGCCCGCGGCACACGCACGCCCUGCGCGUGGGCAGCCGCGCCGCGAGGCUGUCGUCCAUGCGCGCAAACGUGGAGCGGCCGUCUCUGCCGAUGCAAGGGCCGAACCGGCACAAGCGCAACGUGUCGUGGGGCGGGGUGCAAGAGAGCGCGCUCGGCACGGCCUCCGUGGACCACCCGCUCCCCGACAAACUGAGGGCGGAGACACCGCCCCUGACGCAGAACGGGGCGCGGCUGCAGCUGCCUCCCCGGGCUGCGGCUUCGCACAGCGAAGCAGGGCACGAGCAGAUGCGGAUUCCGCGGAGCGAGUCGGCGCAGAGCAGCCUCGCGGACCAUGCGCAGCUGCUGAGUGACGUGGCGGAGGCCUUGCGAGACGCCCCCCUGCGCGGACCGGCGCCGGCGUCGGUGGACUCGCGCAGCGUGAACGAGGACGGCUUCGGGCACACGCACGGCGCGCUGGGGGGUGUGGGGAGCGGCAGUGAGCAGUCGUGGAUGUUCGGCGCCCUCAUCGGCCCCCCGUCGGACCUGCGCGAGAAGGUCGAAGCGUGGUGCCAGGACACUGAAGACACGCUGGGCACGCACCGCCAGGUCGAGCAGCUGGAGCGCUACGUGCGCAAGCACCAGCUCGGAAUCAACUUUGGGCGCAACCUGAAGGAGGCCCGCAUCCUGACGGACAGCGAGACGCUGAGCAAGGUCUCCAAGCGGUUCGCGCGCUUCGUGUUCGAGAACGUGCGCAGCCCGGACAAGAAGGCGAUCGACCGCGAAGACGUUGCGCGCGUCCUGCCUGCGACGAUGGUUGACGAGGCGAUGGAGCUCCUCGACAAGGCGCGCAAGGGGCACGCCACGCGGCACGACACCCUCGCGGCAGUGACCGCGGUGCUCAAGGAGCGCGUCGACCUGUCGAACGCGCUGCGCGACACGCGGUCGAUCGUGGGCACGAUGGGGCGCGUGGUGGCGACGUGCACCAACGUGGUGGUCGUGUUCAUCGCGCUCGCGAUCUUCCAGGUGCAGAUCCUCGAGCUGUGGCUCACGUUCGCGACGAUGGGCCUCGCGUUCACCUUCGUGUUCGGCAACACUCUCAAGAACCUCUUUGAGAGCGCGCUGCUGCUCUUCGCGACGCACCCGUUCGACGUCGGGGACGCGAUCAUCGUCGAGGGCCAGAUGUACUUCGUCCAGGAGAUCGCGCUGCUCCGGACGCACGUGAAGCACGCCGUGGGCUCGCACACGUGGAUUCCGAACCACGUGCUCAACGGUAUGACGAUCGUCAACCUGAGCCGGUCGGACUGCCGCUGGGAGCCGUUCGAGGUGGCCGUGGACGUCGACAUCGACUCGGUCGCGGUGCGGGAGGCCUUUGAGGAGCGUUUGAAGGAGGUGGUCAAGGACAAGCCGCACUACUUCACAGGCGAGUUCUUCGUGCGCUGGCUGCUCUCUUCGGACACGAACAAGGUCAAGCUCGCGCUCUGGUUUGGAUCCGCCAACAACGGGUCUGACCUCAACGUUUCCGGCGAAGCGCGCAACCUCAUGUUCGAGGGUUGUAUGAAGAUUCUCAAAGAUAUGGGCAUUAGGCCCGGAGUCUGCAACAGGCUCUCCGCGGAGCCCAACCUCGCGUCCCUCAUCGGCCCGACCGCAGCGACCACCCCGCCGCCGCCAGCAGCGGCGGGGAGCGACGGCGAGGCAAUGCGCAACGGGGCCGCCGCGAUGAUACACUCCGUGAGCGCGGACGGCCUGCGUCAGCGGCGGUGA